CAAUCAUUCAGAAUUUUGACAUGAUGACAUUUUCUUUGAAUUUAUUGAUGUUUUCUUGAUUGAACUGCUUCUCAAAACCACAGACCCUUCCGGCAUUGCUCCAAAUUUCUUAAAGAAAAAUGGCUGCUUUUGCAUCUUCAAGUGGCCUUACACUUCAGUCUCUACAGAGCCAAAGCUUCAGAAGACUUUCUUCCCAUUUCCUCAAUCAUCAUAUUCAGGUAAAUGCCGUCCCAUAUGCAAUUACCUUUCCAUCUUUACAUUUUUCAAAACCCUUUAAGCUGAAUCAGGAAAGGUUUAAACCUGUCUCAUGUUCAGCUGCCCCAGCUGUGGAAUCCCCUAAUGUGUCAUUUAGAAGCAAAAACCCAAGUGAUAUUAAUAUUUUGGUUGUGGGUUCAACUGGAUAUAUAGGGAGAUUUGUGGCUACAGAGUUGGUUAAGAGAGGGUUUAAUGUUAUAGCCAUUGCUAGGGAAAGAAGUGGGAUUAGAGGUAGAAACAGUAAAGAGGACACCUUGCAGCAGUUAAGUGGUGCCAAUGUGUGCUUUUCAGAUGUUACUGAAUUGAGCACCUUGGAGAAGAGUGUAGAGAAUUUAGGGGUUCCAAUUGAUGUGGUUGUAUCUUGCCUUGCUAGUCGAAAUGGCGGGGUGAAGGAUUCUUGGAAGAUUGAUUAUGAGGCCACUAAGAAUAGUCUUGUUGUUGGGAGGAAAUUUGGAGCUGCACAUUUUGUGUUGCUGUCUGCAAUCUGUGUGCAGAAACCCCUUCUUGAAUUUCAGCGAGCAAAGUUGAAAUUUGAGGCAGAUUUGAUGAAAGAAGCGGAAGAUGAUAAAGGGUUCACUUAUAGUAUUGUUAGGCCAACUGCAUUUUUCAAGAGCUUAGCGGGACAAGUUGAAUUGGUGAAAGAUGGAAAGCCUUAUGUGAUGUUUGGGGAUGGAAAGUUGUGUGCUUGCAAGCCUAUAAGUGAAGAAGAUUUGGCGUCAUUUAUUUCAGAUUGUGUACUGAGUGAAGACAAAAUGAAUCAGGUUUUGCCUAUUGGCGGCCCUGGGAAGGCCUUGACACCACUGGAGCAAGGUGAAAUGCUUUUCAAAUUAGUAGGGAAGGAACCCAAGUUCAUAAAAGUUCCAAUUCAAAUCAUGGACUUUGCUAUUGGAUUUCUUGACUUGCUCGUUAAGGUAUUUCCUUCUCUGGAAGAUGCAGCUGAGUUUGGGAAAAUUGGAAGGUAUUAUGCAGCAGAGAGUAUGUUGGUGUGGGAUCCUGAGAAAGGGGAGUACGACGCUGAGAACACACCAAGUUAUGGAAAAGACACAUUGGAAGAAUUCUUUAAAAGGGUACUGAGAGAAGGAAUGGGUGGUCAGGAAUUAGGGGAGCAAAUGAUUUUCUAAGUUUCUUAUAAUUUAAUCAUUUCUUGACAAGUUAUAUAUAGAGGGAUGCGGCUUUUCCCAUUGUAGCCAAUCUUUAUGAGUAGUGGAUUUCAUGUUUCUGUAUAAACUUUCAACCUGGAAAUGCAGUUAUCCACUGGAAAUGUGGAAAGAUUAGUAA